AUGCCGGCGAAAGCCCAGGAUGCGUCCGGUUUGGCUGAGCUGCAGGAGGCUCUUGAAGUCUUGGGAUUUCCCGAGCUCCCGGCAGACCCCAAUGUGGUACUUCAGGCGUUCAGGCGCCUGAGUCUGAGAGUGCAUCCUGACAAGCCAGGAGGGAAUGCGGCAUUGUUCGCGAAGCUGGUGGCUGCGAAAGAUUUGGUGCUGGUGAAGAUCGAAGAGUCACUUCGGCGUGGCGAAGACGAAAUCUCCAAAGCUGCUGGCUGUCUCAAGUGGCUUAAAUGUCAGUGCCAUACCUGCGUGCCCCUCAUCCUCAAGUGUGGAACCUGUCUUGGAUGCAUACGUGAAGCUGGCCCUCACAAGUGCGGUGUUCUGAGCACGGCUUCCGGCCGAUUCGGCCAAGCAGGUCGUGCCUUCAUCUUCAAGGCGAUCGCGCAUGAUGGAUCCAGUGAAAUGGAGGGCAUCGCAGCCUGGGAGAGGCGCCAGGAAAAGGAAAAGGCUUGCCCGCGGGAGCUCGGCAAGCUUCAAACCGCUGACAGGAAGCACCAGCUCAAGAUGGCUUAG